AUGACGGAGGCAGAGAAUGAAUGGAGACAUGUUCAGCUAAUGGGGAUGGGGAUGGAGGAGAGCUCGACGAAAGAUACAGCGGCUGUGGAUGAAGAGAACAAUGGCUCAGGCGAGUACCUCUACUUCAGGUACUCCUUUUUCUUUUCCCCGCUCGCCGCCGCCACCUCAUCCCGCUCACAGAGGACGCUGGACCUCACCACGUUCUUCCAACUCGUGCCACAAUCCUUCGACUGCAACAAGGCCCUUAUAGGCUCCUUCAACCCCGGUGAUACCGACUCCCUGAACAAGACAUGGAAGGUGGGCACCAUGAUCGCCGGCUACCUCGAGCCUCACGUGGCGCCUCUAGCACUUCCAGAAACUCGUCCUCGACACUGA